GCAGGAGAGCGUACAAUGGCGGGCAUGCAGGGACGCGUGGGUGCUGGUGCAGGUCAGGGCGGAAUACGACCUGCGACGGCGGAGCCUCCACGGCGGUACGACCCAUCCAUGUACGCCCAUUUGCAAUCGUGGGAGACGCAGCUGCCCCCGUCGGACAAGGAGCCCGAGACACAAGAACUGCCGACGUUGCCUCUUGCCAGCGGCUCGACGCAGCUUUGGUCACAGACGGUGCGAGCAGGCGGUUCGGGUUGCAACGAAGGUGGCGAGUACACGUCUUUGCUGCAGCACGGCUUGGGAGACGACGACGACGGAGGACUUGAUCUCAGUGCUCCGGCGUCAAGGCUCCACAGCACGUCCGUCGAACGGUCGAGAAGUAACUGGCCUGCACGCAACGGAGCCGCAGCCGGGUCACCGCGCGUCGAGUGUGCACGUCCUUCGAUGCCCGAACGCACAACACUGACCCAAUCUGACGUCAGGGACGUGGGUGCAUGCGGACCGCCGGUGCGUCCUGUACCCACUGUGGAGAACAUCACACGAGGUGUGUCGAACAUGCGAGCACACAGUGAUGGCGGCGACGACGACGGUGUUGGCAGCGACGAUGCUGACGAGCGAUUGACGGAGGACGUGGAUACAGAGGACGACAAAGAAGACAUUCCUGUUCGGCCGUUGGGGAAGACAGGUGGGAGGGGGAGAGCACGCAACAAGGGUGUUGUUCGUGGUCGAUCCGUUUGCCGUGGCAGCAGAGGCUGUGUCAGCGACGAUUCCGGGAAGUCUGUGACAUACUGGUCUCCGGAGGAACAACUGCAACUAGUGAGAUGCAAGCGGGAGCAAGAGAUGCACCUCGCCGGGCUGGGCCACAACUACAGGCGGAUGCGGACGAAGGACUGGAAGUGGGACGACAUUGCAAAGCGCAUGGCGAGCGCGGGGAAACCGAAAGACGCGGACGACUGCAUGAAGAAGUGGGACAAUCUGUUCCAAAACUACAAGAAGAUACAGAGGUUUCAGAACGCUAGCGGCCGUCCUGAUUUCUUCGGCCUUACAAAUGAAGAAAGGAAGGAGCACAAUUUCAAGUUCCGGAUGGAGAGAGCGUUGUACAACGAGAUCCAUGCUGGCAUGCUGGGCAACCAUACAAUUUUUCCUCCGAACAUCGCCGACACAGGAAAUCUUGACGGGGUGCAGCUUCCCAGGAGAGGAGGUCGCGGUGGUGAGUCGGUUAGUAGUGAGGCUGGUGGUGAAGCCUUCCCCGAGGAACGUUCUUCUGCGCGGGAGUCCGAGAACAACGCAGGCAGCGGGGAUGGAGGCGGCAAGCGGAAGAAUGAACGUCAACAGGCGUUGGAGUCAAUCGCCGAUGUCAUGGAUCGACAUGGCGAGCUGAUGUCGUCGACGAUCGAAUCCUCCAGCAAGCGGCAAUGCAGCAUUUUCAUGAGGCAAUGUGACAUACUGGACCAGGAAGUAGCAGUCCAGAAAAAGCACUACGCGGUGUCCAAUGAAACGCAGAGGAUGAUGUGCCACGCGCUUAUGGAAAUCGCUGCGGCCAUCCUUGGGGUUGAUGCGGCAGGUGCGGCGGGCGCGGUUGCAGGUGUUUCAGGCAGUGCGCCCCCAGUUCCGGCGGCGAAAGAGGAGGGAGCAGUUGCGGCGAUGGCGAGGGACGACGCUCAUGGAGAGAAGAGGAGUGAUCGGGAGGGCGGCGAAGCUGGUUCGAACAGGCCGCGUAGGGGAGUGUUGUCAAAUGACCUCGUAGACCGUGCCAUCCUUUGGGUCGACGACAAACCUUACCGGACGACGGGGGAGGGGCGAAGACUCUACAACAUCGUACACGAGACAAGAGAGUACUUCGUCGCCAUCGCCAGCGGACUUCCACCGCCUGCGAUCCCUCGGAGCAUUGUGAUGCCCAAAUCCAGCACGCGGAUAGCCAGGAUCGUCGACCCGUCGCUGCUGCAACAAGCGACCUCCUGUGCGUCGGCAGUGGAGAAUAUCGCUCUCUGCGUAUUGCACGGCUGGGUUUUCAAGUCCAGGAACCGCCCAAGGGGUUACAAUCUUGCUUUCCAGUACGCACUGGAGUCCGUGGCGACAGACAUAGUGCGAGCUAUGCAGUACGGCGAGGAGUGGUGCAACGUCGUCAGCCCUGCGGUUUGCGCACACACAAUAGAUCUCUCCAUGGACUUGCAGCUGUGGUUCGCGGGUGUGAACGUCGAGAACAAACCGGACGACGAUGACAUGGCGGUGUACCAGGAGUCCACCAUCAUCUGCGCCGCGCAUGCGUUCCGGGUGGCGGUUCAAAUGGGGGCGGUCAUCGACGGCGAGUUCAUCUCGCACGAUCGUCUUUGCCGAGUGGCUGACUGCUUUAGACUGUUGUUGGCGGCGUGCAUGUGGAUAAUGCGCAUGGCGGGAAACGAUCCGGGCAGCCACUUUGAAGCUUUCUACUUCGCGACGCUGGUGUCGAAGUCCACACUCGUGGCGUCCAUGCAUCGAUCGUUCGACCAUCGUCGAUCCAUUGGCCUCGCCGUGAAAGCCAUCACCGAAAGGUUUGGGAAGGCAAACGCCACGUUUGGAGAGCACCCCGACUACCUUCCUCGAUGGGCAAACAGCGGCAUUGUGUUCGGACACGACGCAAGGAUUGACGGGUUGGAGGAAGCUAAGAAGCUCGAUAGGUUGGGUUCAGGGCCCGUCGAUGAUGACAACGACGACGACGGCAAGGGUGACGCGUAGAGGGGGGGGAGGUGGGCGGUACGACUAGGCGGGUGAGUGGAUGUGUAGUGUGCAGGUCAUCGUAGUCGACGACGGGUACGUUAAAGACACUCGUGUGUUUUGUGUUUAUCAUCCCGGUUGGAUCGACAAGCAAAUCGUAAGCGCUUUCAGCGC